UUUUUUCAUACACUAUGAUUGCUUAUAACAGUGAUAAUCAACCAUGUUUAUGAAUGGCAUCCAUUCAUCCAACUAUUGAGAAAUACUGUGAGAGCUGUGAUUGGUCACAGCUUGUCACAUGGUACAAGGCUGUGGUGAAUAGCCCUGUACCAUGUGACCUCUGUGAUCAUUCACAGAUUUCACUAGUAGUAAGCAAUGAUGUCAGAAGUGACAUCUUGCUUACUACUAUUCAUGUGAUCACUGAUUGACCAAUCAGUGAUCACAUGAUCGGGACCUCACACAGAGGUCCCAUUCAGCAAUCGGUG